GUGACGUCACCUCCGGGACUAUAAAAGCCAGGCGAGCAGUUCGCUUCUUCCUUUCUGCGGGAGCGUGGCGCGGUGGCAUGGGGCCGCAAAAGGACAGAAAAUCAAAAAAGUCCAUCUGGAAGUUUUACCUUGACUUGACCCAUCCUGUGGAAGAUGGAAUCUUCGAUUCUGGGAAUUUUGAACAGUUCCUAAAGGAGAAGGUUAAGGUCAAUGGAAAAACUGGAAACUUGGGCAACACUGUUCAUAUUGAACGCCUGAAGAACAAGAUCACGGUGACAUCCGAGAAGCAGUUUUCUAAAAGGUACCUAAAAUACCUCACCAAGAAGUACCUCAAGAAGAACAACCUGCGUGACUGGCUUCGUGUUGUUGCAUCUGACAAGGAGACGUAUGAACUACGCUACUUCCAAAUCAGCCAAGAUGAAGAAGGAUCAGAGUCUGAGGAAUAAUUGAAGCUUAGCUUUGUACUACAUGCAGUGUACAAAAGACAAGAACAUCUAUUUAUAAGAAUACUUAACUUAUUGGUGAAUAAAGACUUUGUACCCUGUUUCACAGAGCAUGGUUAUAGUUUUCUAGCCUUUUUUCUAAGUUCUAAUUAAAAACCAGCAUGGAGAAU